AUGCGCACCAACCACGGCUUCAUCCUGCUGCUCCUAAACGGGACGGCGUGCUUGCUGGCUCUGGGACAGGAAGACUCGCCUUUCUCUUCAUCCUCCUCCUCCUCCUCCUCUUCCUCUUCGGGGUCCAAAAGCUCGUCUGAAGACCCAACAAAGACUUUGGGGCUGCUAACCGGGGGUCAGGGAUCCAUUUCUCCCCUGAGCCGGUGGGUGAUGAACAGCAAAGGCCGGGCGGCCAACGCGUCCUCCCUGGAGCUCCCCUACCGUUCUCCGGUCCCUUUCUCCAAACAAGAGUUCUGGGAGAUGCUAGGAAGCGACCUGCUCAAGCCGGACGAUCCGGGAACGUCUCGCGUCAAACGCCGCCCCAUCGUCAAGACGGGCAAAUUCAAGAAGAUGUUCGGCUGGGGCGACUUCUACUCCAACAUCAAGACAGUGAGGCUCAACCUUCUCAUCACAGGAAAGAUCGUGGACCAUGGGAACGGAACCUUUAGCGUGUACUUCCGACACAACUCAACGGGCCAGGGGAACAUCUCGGUGAGCCUGGUGCCGCCGGUCAAAGCGGUGGAGUUCGACCUGGAACGCCAGAGCGUGGUGUAUCCCAAGGACUCGAAGAUCUUCAACUGCAGGGUCGACUACGAGAAAGUGGACCGCAGCAAGCGCACGUCGCACUGCAACUACGACCCGUCCAAGACCUGCUUCCAGGAACAGACGCAAAGCCACGUCUCUUGGAUCUGCUCGAAACCCUUCAAAGUCAUCUGCAUCUAUAUCUCCUUCUACAGUACGGACUACAGAUUGGUGCAAAAGGUCUGUCCAGACUACAACUACCAUAAUGAAAUGCCCUACCUGCCUUCUGGAUAG